AUGACCUUUUCCCAGGCACAGCACACUUUUACCAAUAUUCAGAUACGACAGUCGGUGCCAGACGUGGGGCAGACAGUGGGACAGACAGCAAGACGUGGGGCAGACAGUGGGACAGUCAGUGCAAGACGUGGGGCAGACAGUGCCAAACCUGGGGCAGACAGUGCAAGACGUGGGACAGACAGUGCAAGACGUGGGGCAGACAGUGCUAGUCGCGGGGCAGAAAGUGCCAGACGUGGGGCAGACAGUGCAAGACGUGGGACAGCGCAAGACGUGGGGCAGACAGUGCAAGACGUGGGGCAGAAAGUGCCAGACGUGGGGCAGACAGUGCCAGACGUGGGGCAGAAAGUGCCAGACGUGGGGCAGACAGUGCCAGACGUGGGGCAGAAAGUGCCAGACUGCAAGACGUGGGAGAGUGCAAGACGUGGGGCAGACAGUGCAAGACCUGAGGCAGACUGUGCAAGACGUGGGGCAGACAGUGCCAGACGUGGGGCAGACAGUGCCAGACGUGGGGCAGACAGUGCCAGACGUGGGGCAGACAGUGCUAGACGUAGGGCAGACAGUGCAAGACGUGGGAGAGUGCAAGACGUGGGGCAGACAGUGCAAGACCUGAGGCAGACAGUGCCAGACGUGGGGCAGACAGUGCAAGACGUGAGGCAGACAGUGCCAGACGUGGGGCAGACAGUGCUAGACGUGGGAGAGUGCAAGACGUGGGGCAGACAGUGCAAGACGUGGGGCAGAAAGUGCAAGACGUGGGGCAGACAGUCAGUGCAAGACCUGAGGCAUACAGUGCAAGACGCGGGGCAGACAGUGCAUGACGUGGGGCAGACAGUGCAAGACGUGGGGCAGACAGUGCCAGACGUGGGGCAGACAGUGCCAGACGUGGGGCAGACAGUGCUAGACGUGGGGCAGACAGUGCUAGACGUGGGGCAGACAGUGCUAGACGUGGGGCAGACAGUGCAAGACGUGGGGCAGACAGUGCAAGACGUGGGGCAGACAGUCAGUGCCAGACCUGAGGCAGACAGUACCAGACGUGGGACAGUGCAAGACGUGGGGCAGACAGUGCCAGAGGUGGGGCAGAAAGUGCCAGACGUGGGGCAUACAGUCGGUGCCAGACUUGGGGCAGACAGUGCAAGACCUGAGGCAGACAGUGCAAGACGUGGGGCAGACAGUGCAAGACGUGAGGCAGACAGUGCAAGACGUGGGGCAGACAGUGCAAGACGUGGGGCAGACAGUGCAAGACGUGGGGCAGACAGUGCAAGUCGUGGGGCAGACAGUCAGUGCCAGACGUGGGGCAGACAGUGCCAGACGUGGGGCAGACAGUGCUAG